CAACCUGUCAGGGUCGAGGCCCGCUGGGCGGCCGCGUCGUGUCGCUGCUCUCGGGUCCCCACGACCAUGGAGGACGCUCUGCUAGGAGCCAUGACGGGCCCCGAAGACGAGCUGGGCGCCGAGCUGUUCGGGCAGGAGCGUGGGUUCACGGACGGGCUGGCGCUGAGCCCCGCGACGGGUGCGGCCGAGCGGGAUGAGCUGCCUGUGCUGGCCGACGCCUACCUGGGCGCCACCGAGCCUGGGGAACAGCUGCUGCGCGCGCUCAGCCCCUCGCCGGGCGCCGAGGUACCGGCCGCCCUGCUCGGCGACUUCCCGGGGCUGCCCGACCUCCGCACCCCAGACGACGCCGCGCCGCCGCCCGCCUACAGCGUGCACGUGCUGUCGUCGUUACUUCCCGGGGCGCGCGGGCCCGCGCUGUUGCCGAUGAGCGCAGGAGUGCGCGUGAUCCCAGUUGAAAUCAAGGAAGCAGGUAGCAAUGUGCCAGGCAGCAACCCCGAAGAUGCGGCUUUCCAGAACCCUCUGACUCAGGAAUCCUGCUGCAAGUUUCCAUCAUCCCAGGAGGCAGAGGAAGCUUCCAGCUGCCCCCGGAAGAAAGACUCCAGUCCCAUGGUGAUCUGUCAGCUGAAAGGAGGUGCCCAGAUGCUCUGCAUAGACAACUGUGGCGCCAGGGAGCUCAAGGCACUCCAUCUGCUUCCUCAGUAUGACGACCAGAACAAUUUCCCACAGUCAGAUCUCCCUAAGCCAAUGACAACUUUAGUGGGAAGACUUCUGCCAGUACCAGCAAAAUUAAAUCUCAUCACACAGGUUGAUAAUGGAGCUCUCCCAUCGACUGUCAAUGGAGCUGCCUUCCCCUCAGGACCCACUAUGCAAGGGCCACCCAAAAUAGCUCUGGCUGGAUACUGCGACUGCUUCACCAGCGGGGACUUCUGCAACAGCUGCAGCUGCAACAACCUACGCCAUGAGCUCGAGCGCUUCAAAGCCAUUAAGGCAUGUCUUGAUAGAAAUCCCGAAGCUUUCCAACCGAAAAUGGGGAAAGGCCGGCUGGGCGUGUCUAAGCUGCGACACAGCAAAGGGUGCAGCUGUAAGCGAUCGGGCUGCCUGAAGAACUACUGCGAGUGCUAUGAGGCCAAAAUCAUGUGUUCUUCGAUUUGCAAAUGCAUUGCUUGCAAAAACUAUGAAGAAAGCCCAGAGCGAAAACUGCUGAUGAGCACACCCCACUAUAUGGAGGCUGGGGACUUUGAAGGUAACCAUCAUCUGUCCCCAGCCAAGUUCUCAGGACCUCUAAAACUGAGAAAAAAUAGGCAGACCUUCUCCUGUAUCUCCUGGGAAGUAGUGGAGGCCACAUGUGCCUGCCUGCUGGCCCAGGGCGAGGAGGCAGAGCAAGAGCGCUGCUCUCCAAGCUUGGCCGAGCAGAUGGUCCUGGAGGAGUUCGGAAGGUGCCUGUCACAGAUUCUCCACAUCGAGUUCAAGUCCAAAGGGCUGAAAAUUGAGUAGAGUGCAAGCUGGUAAAGGGGAUGCCUGUGGCAAGCCUCAGCUUUGGGGAGUUUGCACCUAGGAAGGUGGUACCACGGGAGGGGCACGAGGCCCCUGUAACAUGGCCAGGCCAGCCAACUGUGAGGUCUGAGCCAUCCCACUGUUGGAUCAGCCAGCCUGCUCAAGCCACCCUGAAGUACCGGCAGGCAGACUUGUCCUGGCGGCUGGACACUGGCCCUCUGGGGAUCCCCUGCCCUGCAUAAGAAGAGUGGCUUUCUGAUUAUUGUUAUGUGUUCGCUUUUCAAAUCGCUUAGUAGUUUCCCCAUUCAAGUUGUUAUGAGCCUUUAAGUCUCCAAAGAGCAAGGCUCUGCAGGUACCCCAAGUCACAGAUCAGGUGACCAGCAGGGGUCUUCCAGGCCAGGCCUGUGACAGAGAGUGUGGUAAGGGGGUCAGGUGGGAGCUAAUUUUUCUGAAUUUCUGCUUGAAUUGAGAAAGCAGUCUCCUGUCCAACCCUCAUCUCCACAAUUACUAUUACAUUGUGGCCAGCAAAACAGUCGCAGUGACCAGCUUGCAGACACCAGCAGGUGAGGUGGGCAAUUGUGCCCAUGCUUUGCAUUCUGUUGUGAGAGUGAACCUUUCCAGAU